UCACUUCCGGGGUGUAUUUUUACGUUCCCGCCAUCAUCGCACUGCACUGCCGUGAGUCCCCUCCUCGCUAGUGUCAACAAGCUAGCAUACGUCGAGCCGGCGGUCAACGCCGGCUAAACAAACUUUUUGCUUCUCAAAACCGACAUUUUCAUCCCCAACAUUUCAAGGCGAACUUAAACCAACAGCAGGAUCUAAUUGCUCCCGACAUCCAAAGUUUACUGACGGGACCGUUAAGCCAUGCCCACCCUCGUGUCCAAGCUCUCCAGUGGGGGUUCUGUGAAGAUCCGCGAAAACAGUUUGCCUGUCGGCACCUCGCGAUGGAAAGAAGGGACUUUUGAGAUACUGGAAAAGGACAAUAAAGUCAGCCUGUGCAUAAAAUACAACUGUGGCGGGGUGGGCAAAACCUUCCAGCUGAAUCAGAACGUAAAGAAGGUCUCCUCCAAUGUGGACCGACUCAUACUGCAUUUAAAUGACAAGAACAUCAUCACUCUGGACAAAAUGCCUCCCUCUUUGGCCCAGAAGACUCAAGACUACCUGGAGAAGCUGAAGCAAGGAAAGACAAGUGUUUUAAAAUCAUCUCAUGGAAGUGUAAACUUCAGCAUGCCAACUCGCCGUUCAGUGAAAAAUGAAAUCACGCCCUCUGGGGAAAGACAGACAACAACAAGGCGGCAGAGUGCUGAGGGACGUGAGGAAUCCACACCGCGUAAACCUUUGGGCAGUCCGAGCAGAGCGGCAUCCACGCCCGCUCGAACCGGACUCUCUGAGAAUCGGAGUGAAAAGAGAAAACGACUCCUUGCUUCCGAAAGCGACUUGAGUGAGGAUUACCCCAAAGAAAAUGACUCGUCGAGCAACAACAAGGCGACUUCAGACCCAUCUAGGAAGUUUUUACUGAGCUGCAAAGAUAAACUGAAGCAGGCAGAAGACAACCGGAGCAUAGCUCCCCUUGGUUCAACAACUCCCUUCCAGCCGACUUCAUUCUACGGCAGUCGGUCUGUGACCAAGGAUUACAGCCAAAGCCACUCCUUUUCAGAAAGGCCAUCGAGUACUUCCCUCACGCCCACAGCCAAACGCAGCCUUCUGCUGCCCAAUCACUCCACUCCUUUCAAGAAAGUACGACCUUCCGUGGAUUACGGCGGUUGGAACAAGCAGAGACCCUCCACUCCAGCCCAGUCACAGCCUCCCUUGCAGGGAUUUUCAAAUUUGGGAAACACUUGCUAUAUGAAUGCCAUUCUGCAGUCACUCUUCAGCCUGCCGUCCUUCUCCAAUGACAUGCUAAGGCAGAGCAUCCCUUGGAAGAAAGUGCCUGUCAAUGCGUUGCUCAGGCGUUUUGCUCAUCUUCUGGCCAAGAAGGAUGUGGGGUGCCCGGAAACACAAAAAGACCUGUUGAGGAAAGUUAAAAGUGCCAUCUCCUCCACCGCCGAGCGUUUCUCUGGAAACAUGCAGAACGACGCGCAUGAGUUCCUCAGCCAGUGUCUGGACCAGCUGAAAGAUGACGUGGAGAAAAUGAACAAAAACUGGACAAAUGAAGCAUCUGCAUCCUCCUCCUCCUAUUCAUCGUUAAUGUUUGAGAGUACCCAUGAGGCCAAGGCAGACCUCGGCGAAGAAGCCGACACCUCUCGAAUCUACACCUGCCCUGUGGCUGUUAACAUGGAAUUUGAAGUGCAGCACACUAUCACCUGCAAAUGUUGCGGCGAAGUGGUGACCAAGCGUGAACAAUUCAACGACCUGUCCAUCGAUUUACCUCGCAGAAAAAACACCCUCCCACUUCGUUCUAUCCAAGAUUCCCUGGAUCUGUUUUUCAGGCUAGAGGAAAUUGAAUACUCGUGUGAGAAAUGCAGUGGGAAAGCAGCCACAGUCACACACAAAUUCAGCAAACUACCCAGAGUGCUCAUCCUCCACCUGAAAAGGUACAGUUUUAAUGCCCAGCUGUCUCUGAACAGCAAGCUGGGCCAACAGGUAGUUAUACCCCGCUACCUGACCCUGCUGUCCCAUUGUACUGACUCUACUCGGCCCCCCAUCAGUCUCAGCUUCAGUUCCCAAGGGUCCAGAGCACUCAAAACCUCACAGUCGGUCAAUGCAUCCACGCCGCCGCUGCGGAGGCUUGGAGGGAAGUUGGUCAAUUCCAACAACACAUCUGCACUAGUGGAUUCGGACAGCGAGGAGGAGCUGACCAGAAAAGCGAGUGCAAGCAGCAAACGACGAGUCAGCACUUGUCUCCCAGAAGAUGACGAACGACCGGAAGAGCGGGGUGUUAACAUGGAUCCAGCAGAAUUCAGCGGGAUUAACGACGACGAAAUGUUAGAGGCCGUGCUGGAGCUCAGUCGACAGGAGGCCGGUCUGACUGCUCCGUCUCCCCUGGACGACGAACCAACGAGCAGUCCAGACACAGGCUUCGGGGACACAGAUGCUCAUGAACUGGCCUAUCACACAGAUCUGCUGGAUACAGACAGUAAACAACCUGCAAAUGUGCUGGAUUCCUUGGACUUGACCAUGGACGAGAACAAGGAGAACCAAACCCCGGAAAGCUCACAGGUGCAUCAAGGGGAAAUGGAUUGGGUCCAGCAGUACAACUUGGAUCAGGAGAGGGAAGACCAGGAGUUGCAGCAAGCGCUGGCACAGAGCCUCAAAGAGCAUGAAGCCCAAGAGAUGAGAGAGGAGGAUGAUCUAAAGAGGGCCACUGAGCUCAGCUUGCAAGAGUUCAACAAUUCUUUGCCUGACCUCGUCUGCUCUGAUGAUGACUCCGGCAACGAAGACUUGCUUGACAUGGAGUACACUGAAGCCGAAGCCGAGAACCUAAGGAGAAACGCUGAGUGCGGGGACUUGGCCAACUCUUUCCGGCUCAUCAGUGUUGUCAGCCACAUCGGGAGCACUUCCUCCUCUGGACAUUACAUCAGUGACGUGUAUGAUAUGAAGAAGCAGUCGUGGCUGACGUACAACGACCUGGACGUGUCGCGCACACAGGAGACAGCCGUCCAGCGAGAGCGUGAUCGCAGCGGGUACAUCUUCUUCUACAUGCACAAGGAUGUGUUUGAGCAACUGUCUGAAAUGGAAAAGGCUACCGGUAGUGUCUCAGACCUGGGGAGAAACGUCCUGCAGCCCCUCUGAGCCCAGACCACUUCUCCGGACACAAAACAGCCUGCGCUUAACUAGAUGGGUGUCUUUACUACUACUGAUUGCUGUUCAUUUCCCCUUUCAUUUUUGGCACUUGUUAAGACACAUUUACAGAAAUGUGACCGUCUACUGGACGGAUGCAGUUAAAAAUGUUUGGACACAUUUGGUUUGGGGUCUACAUUUCUUCUAGGAAACAGUUUUAUCAACUGUUUUGUAGACACAAAAAAAGAUGCCAUAAGAGGAGCGUUGAGUUAUGUUUUCCUUGCAAAACCCUCCUUUUGCUUUAUAAAGUAAAUACAAAUACACUAUAUUGGAUAAGCUAUUAUUUAGAGUUUAGAGGGUUGCUGUAUUUUAGCAGGUACAGUCAGUGCAAUAUCUUUUUGGGCACAAUUCAAGCUUUGUGUGGAUUUUUUUUUUUUUUUUUUUCUCCCCCCUGAGGUGAGCUGUUUGUGCUUUAAUUUACCCCUGUUCAUUUCCAGCAAAAAAAAAAAGCCCUCUUUUGUCUUGUUUAGAUCAUGUGCCUCCUGAGAAAUGUUUUAUAGAUGUUGUGUGAGCUUUACAUUUGUCCACCCCAAUAUUUUUGUCAAAAACCUUUAACAAUUUUUAUAGUCUUGAGUUUUUCUAUUUAUUGCGACUUCGAGUUGACCGGUGAAGACGCAGAACACCAGGGAGGCGAGAUCUUUUGUCAUACCCAAUUAAAAGUUGAACCUUCACGUCGAUCUGUCUUUUUGCAAAUAAAAGAAAGAUCAAAAGAACA